UCAUUUGCCUGACAUCACGGUGGUGGGCGUGGUCAAGCGUCAACGCAACCGAUCACAAGAAGCACAUGGAAAAAUGGAAACGCAAAGCGAGUUCAAAGGAAGAAAGGGUCUGAAGAUGAAUCAGUGGAGUGAGGAGCGAAUGAAAGCUGCAAUCGAGGAGUACAAAGCGCAGGCUGAGUCAGGGCAAAAACCUGCGCUACGAUUGCUGGCGAGGAAGUGGAACGUGCCGAAAACGACCCUUCAGAGACGCGUGAAAGGGCUCGUUGAGGGAUCCGAGCAUGCGUCUGGAAGAAAGCCAUUCAUCCCUGUUGAAUCUGAGCGGGAGUUAGCGCGCCUUCUCACCUUGCUUUCGGAGAGAGGCUUCUCGUUGAGGAAGACUGAUGUGCAGUCUCUCGCUUUUGAGUUCGCCAAGAUAAAUGGCAUCCGAGGCUUUUCAGAAGAGAAGCAAAAGGCAGGCUAUUACUGGUUCGAAGGCUUUAUGAAGCGAAACCCAGGGCUGAAAAUAAAAAAAGCAGAAGCCACAUCACCAGCUACGAGGAUGAAUGAUGAAGAGCGUGGAAAGUGGUUCAAAAUGUAUGAAAACACCCUCGAUGACUUGGGAAUUCAAGACGUCCCUUCGCAUAUUUGGAAGUGUGAUUUAUCAGGACUACAAUAUGUCCGAGAACGAGACGAUCCUUUCCUUCAGAUCACAACUGAGGAGGAAACAGCCUCAACCAUACUAGCAGCAUUCAAUGCCAGCGGUGCAUUCGCUCCUCCACUUCUCAUUUUUAAAAGAAUAAGAGUGAAAAAUGAGUGGAUGAACGAAUCUCUGGAAAAUAUGUGUGUGAAAGCAUCAGACAAUGGCUGGAUAACAGCAGAGCUGUUCAUUGAGUGGGGGGAAAUGUUUGUCGCACACCUCCCGAAGGAUGACGCCAGGCCCCACCUUCUGCUCCUCGAUGGCCAAAGCAGCCACGUCUUCAAUCUCAGCUUCCUCAGUCUCAUGAAGCAGAACAGUGUGGAAGUCAUAUGCUAUCCUGCACUGCAUCCGGCUAACACGGCUCUGUUUAAGAGCCUCAAACACAACUGGUGUGAAGCGAGUCGCAAGUGUAAUCAGCAGUGUGCUGGAAUGAAAUUGCCCAAAGCGCAUUAUUAUUCUGUGUUCAUGGAAGCGUGGAAGAAAACUGCCACUACGGAAAGCGCCAAGGAUGCGUUCAGAACAACAGGGAUGUUCCCGAUAAAUGAGUUUACCCCCAUUGGGCAAAAAGCACCAUGCCAUCCGCUGAAGACACCGCACGUUGCAGCACUGAGAGCGGCUCUGAUGAGCCUCCAGCUGUUGAAGCAGGAUCAUUCGAAGACUUUGUGGUCAUACAAAAGAGUCACAGGGGUGUAAAGACACCCAGAGCUGAGACAGUACCGCAUUUACAUAGAAACUCAGAGUAUCUUCUUAAUAAUGAACAUUUAAAACAAAAAAGUGAACAGAUUAAAACAGCCACCUUCUACAAAUGCGGAGGCUGCUUUAUAAACCACGGCUCAGACGAUGAUCCCAAAGCUGCUGAAGCGUGGAUCAGAUGCAGCAACUGUAAGGCCUGCUACCACGAGUCUUGCGCAGAAGAGGACGGGAUAUAUGAAUGGGUUUAUAAUCGAUAAACUGAAGGGUGGACAAAGAGCGUAAUUUCAGAACAAGUAAAGAAUCACAGAAUAUACAAUUUCUGAAAACACUGGUCUUUCAUUCGGUCGCAGCAGUCUAGCGGUGUUAAAAUAAAAUGCUGUGGAAAUUGAAUAUCAGAUAACAUUUUAAAACAGUACUGAAUAGAGCCUUAAAUUAAAUUUGGAGUUUUCCCUGACUAAAGUCUGUUAAUCCUUGUGCACAUCUUAGAUAAUUACAUAAUUUAUUUAUACAAAAUUGUAUUUCAUUACUAAUUUUAUUUAAUUAAAAGUACUUUUUUUUUUUUUUUUUUACAAAUAAAUAAUACAUUCAUU